AUGUAGCAAUUUGACAUAAGAAUAUUUCCCCAGCCAACUUUUGUCAGUACAUUCAGGUGGCUUUACAUGAAUUUGCCCAAUUUAUCCCCAAGAAACAAGAACCAAAAACAACAGCCCAAAGAAUGGAUGGAAAUCUCUUCUGAUGUGGUAGAUUCUGAUUCCUACCAUGAAGUAGAUUCAGGAAGGCACUUAAGUUUUUGGGUGAAAGCAAAAACUGUUCCUGUGAGCCAAACAUGGGAGUCCUGAGGCAGUUCUGUUAUGGCACCUCCACACAUGGCCCUGAAGUGGGCCUAAAUAAGACUUGUGAAGUUAAUGAUUAACCCAGAAUUUGUCUCAACUUCUUAUUCCACAGGGCUGCAAGCUGCUCACCUGCAGAGGUGACUACAGAAAGCAGCAUGUCCCCUUUGCUCCUCCAGGCUGGACUGGUGGUUCUGAGUCUAGUGACUUCCACUGGAAGUCAGAAGGCAGACUCCCUAAGCAGCUCUGGGGACCAACCACUCUUCCAUGGAGCUGAUCGCCAUGACUUUGCCAUCAUGAUCCCUCCAGGAGGCUCGGAAUGCUUCUGGCAAUUUGCCCACCAGACUGGAUAUUUCUAUUUCAGUUAUGAGGUUCAGCGGAUACUUGGGAUGUCACAUGAUGGGCAUGUUUCUGCCACCGCACAUACCCCACGGGGAUUCCUCAUAGACACCUCCCAGGAUGUUCGGGGCCAGAUUAACUUUGCUACCCAAGAAACAGGUUUCUAUCAGCUUUGUCUUAAAAAUGACCAAAAUCACUUUGGUUCUGUGCAAGUGUACCUCAACUUUGGCAUCUUCUAUGAGGGACUGGAGAUGGACCACAAACAGAGUCAAAGAAAACAACUUAAUGAUACUCUGGAUGCAAUUGAGGAUAGUUCACAAAGGGUGCAGAACAAUGUCUUUCACAUGUGGCGAUUCUACAACUUUGCCAGGAUGAGGCAAACGGCUGACCUUUUCCUUCUCCAAUCAAACCAUGCCUAUGUGAACUGGUGGUCAGCAGCCCAGAGCCUUGCUAUUAUUAUUUCUGGGAUCCUGCAGCUGUAUUUCUUGAAGCGUCUCUUCAGUGGUCCAACAACUACUGACACAAAGAAGCCAAGAUGCUAAGCAGACUACAGCAUUCUGGCUUUUCUUCUGGAGCAGCAGUUUUGUCAAAGCUUCAGUCAAAUCAAUUUUGAAAAGUUACUGAAAAAAAAUCAAUUGAAUGCUUUUGUCUAUUGCACUCAUCAAUAAAGGCAAAAUGGCAAUAAAAUACUAGAAAUGCAAAAGUUCUGAGGCUGGCUAUUUCUAAAAUGUAUAAAUGCUAAGCUCAAAAUACUGUUCCUCAUCCAGCAGUCCCUUAGCAUUCACUGACUCUUUUUAGAUAUUAACAGAAAGCUGCUGAAGGGGGGGAGAAAGUCAAAAAGGAUUUGACAAAAUCAGGUUUGUUUACAUAAAAUAACAAAGUUGCUAGCGUACCUUUUUAUAGUUGAAAAUAUUUUAAGAGAUGUCACCUUUGG